AUGGCACUGACGGAGUAUUUUAUAGAUCCCCUGAACACAACAUACUUUGAUACAACAGUUCAACCUGAACCCAUAGUUGCAGAGCCACCUUGCAUCCUUGUCAUCAAAAGGAAGAGCAAGGCUAUUCAGAGAAUAGUGCAAAUGUUCUUAAGAGCAGUGAAAGAGGUGUGUAGAUGGGCAAAUAUGCUGCCAAUUAGUGCUGGCUUUGUGAUUUUGGUGGGCAUCAUUGUUUUUGUGUUCUACAUAAGGGCAUACAGAAGAGAGAAGCAGUCUCUCCGUCUUAAAAUAGCCCCAGAGGCAUCUUUUAAUGUCGCAGGCAUAGUCAAUAAACAGUCUUGUUUUUCUUUUCGAAAGAGACUGCAAAGAGUCAUAACUCCCAAGGCCAACAAUAGCUCUGUGGAUGAAAUAGAAUAUUAA